AUGGACACAUCAGAAGAUUCGGGCGAAGAUGCAAGCAUACCUAGCGAAGAAGAAGUGGCAUACUUGCGUUCCGACAUUGAGCUGAAUGAACGACUUCUAUUAUCUAGUGCUCGACAGAAUCCUCUCAAUGUCAAUACCCUUAUCCUCCCACCGUACCCAUUGCCUACCACAACACCGAGCCAUAAUCGAUAUAGUCGGGCGCGAACUAGUUCACGACCAUUACCUUGGCUAGCUCUGGUUCUGGGUAUCCCCUUGAGACGACAGAAUGCCAUAAGAGGCGGAGUAGGAAGACAUCAUUAUCGCAGGUAUAAUCCCCAAACGGAAACUAGUUCUACUCAACCUGAAAUUGCAGAGGGUGAAGAUAAAUAUCUCAAAGAACUUCUGGCACUCGGAGAAGACAACAAUUCUCGAUUGAAGAAAUUAUUGAGUUUGGAGGCUGAGGAAUUACACAAGGAUAUCGUGGAAGUGUACAAAGCGAUAAAGCUGAUUUCUACUUUCCAAGGUGAAUCGCCAUUGUUUUUCAAAAACAAUUACGAAUACUCGAAGAAGUUCCGGAUCUUGUUUUUUGCCAAAUUGAAUCGGGCUAAAUUCCAAUCUGAUCAGCCCGGGUUACCCAACUUGGAAUUCGCCAUGGACUCAUACUUGAAGAAACGAAGAAACAAACUGUUGUUUUUGAAUGUCAAACCUACAAUUGCUCCACCUCCAAAAUCGAAAUUGUUCAAGAAGCCACUCAAGAAAAAGAGAAGGAUCCAUAGGUACCAGGACACCAGUGUAAAGCGGCAAAAGAUCGCAGCAGGACUGAAACCGCAGGAAACACAUCUCCUAUUCAACUCAAAACUAUCGCUAUCCAAACUGGAAAAGGAGACAAUCUUGUCAUGCUUGCCUAGCUCAUACAUGCAAUCUGGAUCCAGUUUUGCAAUCUCAAUGACACUGCAACCUACACCUUUACAACAGGGCAAUUUGGUGUUUACAAAUGUCACUGGUCCUGAACUCAACGGGGUGUUUAACUUUGAAUCACUGAAACAGCCAGGGAUGACGGAUUUGCAUUGCAUGCUCUUGAAACUCCAUUCAUUUAUAAAGUAUUUCUGUGGAUUCACAGACAAUAGCUUACCCAGGAAUAAGAUACUUGUGCGAAAGUUGAAUGUGCUUGAUCGAAUAAGUGUGGAUCCGAAGAUUAAGUAUGUUUCUCAGUUGAAGUAUCCCGAGGUCAAUGUCCCGUUUCUGGGUCAUUUAAUCGAUUUCAACAAAUAUGAUUUGCGGUUUAUGGAAAGUGGGCGGUUUGGCGCCCGGGAACGGUCGAAUCGAGUCAGAUUACAGCUUGGUGAAUGGAUGAAGAUGCUGCCGUUUAUCCAAUUCAAGGAAAAUUAUUUUAUUAGUUUUUUGCAUGAAUUAGAAGAUAAUCUUAAACACUUUAGGACCAUCCGAGCCAAGAAGGAACAGAAGAGCGAAGCAUUACAUUUGACGAAACAGUUUAAGGCGAACUUGUUCCAAUUGACCAAAGACUUUGGUUUUAUCAACAGUCGCAACAAUUCCCUGAUUCCAUUUUUGGAUGAACAGCUGCUGAGAAAACAGGGCAAGUACCGCGAUGGGUUUCUUGAAGAUUGGGAUAGAAGUUUGGCUCAUAGGUUAUGUGAAGUGAUUACCAGUAAUGAUUCAAGCACGUUGUUGAAUGUGCAAUUAAACUAUGUGUUGUUUGUGAUUAAAGUCGACUUGUCGAAGUUGUUGGAUGAAUACAUCUUGUUUAUAUUUGACCAUGUUGAUGUAUCGCUGGAAGAUCGUGUUGAGUAUAUCAACAAGUACAAGAAUGUCUACAAUUCCAUCUUUCGCGAUGAACACCAACGACAAAUGAAAGAGCGAGAUACAACACCGCCACCGGUAGCGACUUUGCUUGGAUCGAUUGACCGGAAAAUGGGCCAGAUUGAAGUUCAUAAUACUGUGCCUAACAUGUACUACCGCGAACCUGGGGCCAAAUAUAUGACGAAUAUAAUAAUGACGCGGCACUCGCCCGUGACGCUUACGGAUUACGGAAGCAGGAACACGUACGUGUAUGAUGAUUUCGAGGUAUUUAAUAGCGAAGAGCUGACAUUGCCUGUUCCGGCGAACUCACGGUCGUUUAAUACCAGACUGGGAUAUGUUGAGAAUGACGACCUGAUUGAAACCAAGUUGGUGGGAAGUAGCAAGUUUGUAAACAAGGGGAAUCCUGUGUGUGGAAUGGUAUAG